CAACAGGUUUGAAAGCAGCGCCUUCUCUACACCUUUUAGUAAGACAAGAUCAUGGCUUCGCUCGGGAAAGUUGUAACUCUGUUUCUGGUAAUUAUGUUUUGAAUUUCAACAUUAGUCUUUUUAAAAUUUUAUUUAUGUAUUUUAAGUAUGUGAAAAGAGGUGUGUUAAAUUUAGGCAUAUGUGUUUUAAGUAUGUCAAAAGGGACAUGAUAUCUUUUAUUCAUAUAGUUUGUUUUGUUGUUUUGUUGUUUUUUUUUUUUUAUUUGUUUGUUUUUUUUGUUGAAAAGGUAACAACUAAUAAAGUGUUUCAGUCUCAAAUGAUGUAUAUAUCAUUCAAUGAUUUAAUCAGAAUAAACACAUGACGUGCGUCCAUGUAAGCUGUAUUUUAAAGUUGAAACGAUUCUUCUUUUGUUGAUGACCCCUGACCCCAUGUACACAUAUCAGGAUCACCAGAUCUUACGGCUUUCCACCCAGAGAUUCACUUCUUGUUCAUGUUUCGAUCACUUAAAAACUGACUUGUUUUAAUUCAGAUUUUUUAAAAGUUACUUGCUAAAUAUUUGUUGAUCAAAUGGAAAAGUUCAGCUUAUCUGGUAAAGAAGAAAGUUCAAUUCCUGGAUCAACCCUCCCAUCGUCGAUUUUAAAUGAGGUUUUCUUAAAUUUGUAACAGCAGUAGUAUCCUUGAAUCAGUUUUUCUGUUUACUACCGAAAGAUCAUAUAAUCUGUUUCUUAUGUUUUGAGCAGUAAGACCAUGGAUUAUGUUCCUUAUGUUUAUAGCCUUAAGAUCAUGGAAUAUGUUUCUUAUGUUUUGAGCAGUAAGACCAUGGAUUAUGUUCCUUAUGUUUAUAGCCUUAAGAUCAUGGAAUCUGUUUCUUAUGUUUUGAGCAGUAAGACCAUGGAUUAUGUUCCUUAUGUUUAUAGCCUUAAGAUCGUGGAAUCUGUUUCUUUUUUUACCAAUUACGCCCCCCAUCAGUGAUAUCUAUUUAUAGAAACAUUUUAGCAACAGACAUUUAACGCUAUCAAAACGGAAUAACAAAACUGGCUUGUUCGAUUUGUUUCUGUUCAAAUAGCCUCAAUAAAUUCUAUACUUAAACCUCCAAACAUAUCGGCAUGAAGACCAACGGAUCUCAUGUUAAAAAAAGUUUUCAUUGAAAUCCAUUUAAGUCAUGCACAACUCUUUUUUUUUGGGGGGGGGGGAAGUGGGGCAAUUAAAUUGGAUGUGUUGAUUUUUGACAAUCCAAUGUAUUGAUUGGAUUUCUGUGCAGUUGCAAUGACCUAGGUGGUCUCGUGAGUAAUAAUUUGCCAACAAAGGUAUACCUAGCCAGCUUAAUUUAUAAUAAAUUACCAUUGCAAACGUGUUCAAUAACUACAUCGAACAGAUUCAUAUGUAGUCUUCAGUGCUGUUAUCGUCUCCUGUAGUUGUUUUCCUAAAUGUUGCGCCCUUAAAUGAUAUUGUUCCAUUAAGUGUGUCCAUUUACACGGCAUUUUCUUACCAGCUUCUACGGCUUCUUCCCCCCCCCCCUCACAAAUCUAUGUCCUCAAAAAUGACCAAAAUGUGAUGUACAUUAUUUUUGAUGACGCUCUAAACCAUGGGUCGGCUACCCUGUUGUUUUAGCCUGAGAAAGUAAGACUUCUAUAUCAUUUAGCCAGACAAAGUAAGACUUCUAUAUCAUUUGGCUUGACAAAGUAAGACUUCUAUAUCAUUUAACGUGCCAAAUUAAGACUUCUAUAUCAUUUAGCCUGACAAAGUAAGACUUCUAUAUCAUUUAGCCUGACAAAGUAAGACUUCUAUAUCAUUUAGCUUGACAAAGAAAGACUUCAAUAUCAUUUAACGUGACAAAGUAAGACUUCUAUUACAUUCAGCGUGCCAUUUAAGACGCAUUUUAGUUAUCAAAAAAGAAUUUUCAUGUGCCAAUGAAAAUCCCUAUGGGUGCCAAGACUGGCCCGUGUGCCAUUGGUUGCCAACACUUGUCCUAAACAAUUGUAUUAUUUUUCACCAAAAAAGCAUCAUUUUUACACCCAGUUUUGUACUUAUGCCUAGCUACGCACUUGCAAUAGUUGGCGUAUUGAUCACCUACCCACAGUAAUCACUUUUGUACUAAAAUCAUUAAAAUGUAUUUCAGGUGAUCCUGGUGGCUACUGAUGCCCAGAAAGUUCCAGAUUAUUUCUCUCUGUAUGGUAGUCCAAGUGUCAGUACAUACACUCCUUCCAACUCUCCCUCCCCCUCACCCCCCAGCUACCCCUCUCCAUCGUCAUACCCCACACCCGCCUCACCGUCGUACAACCCCACCUCUUACCCCGUUCCCCCCAACCCAACCGCUUAUCCCGCCACGAACUAUCCCAAUGCUUAUCCUACCGCAAGUUACCCAAGUAACGUUUACAAGCCACCAGCCACUGGGUACAACCAACCAGCCACUGGGUACAACCAACCAGCCACUGGGUACAACCAACCAGCCACAGGGUACAACCAACCAGCCACUGGGUACAACCAACCAGCCACAGGGUACAACCAACCAGCCACAGGGUACAACCAACCAGCCACAGGGUACAACCAACCAGCCACUGGAUACAACCAACCAGCCACUGGGUACAACCCACAAGCCCAAAGCCCUUACAACUACGUCUAUCCAGUGACCUAUAACCAGGGCCCUUACACAGCUCCGCUGGCCCCACAGUACGUGGCUCCGUACCCGGGUUACGCAAACGGUGGUGAGUACUGUUCAUAUAUUUGAUAUCUCUUGUCUAUUAACAGUAAUAAAUGGUGAGAGACUGCAAACGGGUUAGGUGCAAGGAAACUAGCAUUCAAAUGUUAGCAUUACUUCCAGACUGUGACAUGGAUUAACUUUCGAUUCUAACCUUUUCUUUCCUCUUGUCCAUUCAAAUGUUAGCCUUAUUUCCUGACAGUGACAAUGGUCAUCUUUUAAUUCCAACUUUCUCUUUUCUCUUGUCCAUUCAAAUGUUAGCCUUGACGUCGUACUAUCAUUUGUUUUCGGUCCUUUCUUAUUCAGACAACUUUUCACUUAUCUUUGCCUAGCAACAUAGUCAUAAAGUGGAGUGACUGCAAUCAGAAUAGAAAAAAGGGAAAAUAAAGAAACAAAGUAAGGGAAAACCUUUUAAAAAACCUUGCUUUGAUGCGUCCUUCCCCCCCCCCUACCCAGGUUUUCUCCCCAGGUUUUCCCUUACUUUGUAUCGCUAUUUUCUUCUAAACAAAUAGUUUCUGGGUACAUAUGAAACUGAUCUCUAAUCUAGAGCCAAAUAUAUUAAUCGCCACGCUGAGUGUUCCUCUCCUUUCUAGGGUACAACGCCAACACCAACAACAACUGCACAGACCAGUCCUGCAAGACAAACGAGUGCUGCGAAUUCAAUGGGAAAAGAUUUGUGUGUGUGGUGCAGGAGGACGGCGCUUAUUCAGGUCAGUUUGGACAGUGUAUUAUCACACUUCUGUGACAGUGUAUUAUCAUACUUCAGUGACAGUGUAUCAUCAUACUUCUGUGACAGUGUAUCAUCGUACUUCUGUGACAGUGUAUCAUCAUACUUCUGUGACAGUAUAUCAUCAUACUUCUGUGACAGUGUAUCAUCAUACUUCUGUGACAGUGUAUCAUCAUACUUCUGUGACAGUGUAUCAUCGUACUUCUGUGACAGUGUAUCAUCGUACUUCUGUGACAGUGUAUCAUCAUACUUAUGUGACAGUGUAUCAUCAUACUUCUGUGACAGUGUAUCAUCAUACUUAUGUGACAGUGUAUCAUCAUACUUCUGUGACAGUGUAUCAUCAUACUUCUGUGACAGUGUAUCAUCAUACUUCUGUGACAGUGUAUCAUCAUACUUCUGUGACAGUGUAUCAUCAUACUUCUGUGACAGUGUAUUAUCAUACUUCUGUGACAGUGUAUUAUCAUACUUCUGUGACAGUGUAUUAUCAUACUUCGGUGACAAGGUAUGAUCAUACUUCGGUGACAAGGUAUGAUCAUACUUCUGUUACAAGGUAUGAUCAUACUUCUCUGACAAGGUAUUCUCAUACUUCUGUGACAAAGUAUUAUUAACCAUUGUAACAUUUUAAUAGUUCUUUUUCGAAAAUUCAGUCUUGUCCCACCCAAACUACAAUAAUAUAAAAUAUAAUAAAUUUCUAAAAAAUGUGACCUCUUUUCUCAGGAUUCUGCGUGAGACCUAAGCGUUGCUAUAGCAACGGUGACUGCCCAGCCAGCCACUGUUGCGUCAUUCGACUUGACCUGCCGUUCGACGCUACCCAGCAAGGCAACUCUGGCAGCUACGGCAGCUACGGAAGCUACGGUGCCCAAAACAGUUAUGACGCAUACGGAAAUUACCGGCCAGCUAACUACAAGACAGAACGCGGAGAAUGCUUACUUUCCGCGCUAUUCGGCACCGGUAAGUUUAUGACUAUACGUUGAUCUAUUGUAUUUGCUACGUCACGUCGUCAUCAGGUUAAGUGAAGCUCAAAGCUUUAAGUAGUUUUUAAAUGGCUUUUGAAAACAUCAGAAACUCGAGUAGAGGAUCUUGAAAAUGGAGUUGCAAUAUACUUUGACGACUAAGAUGGAAUUGCACUUUGCUAACACUAAAAAUUCCUUAUUUACAUGAAUUACCGUUGUUUGUGUUCUUCGGCUAAAAUAAUUAAAAUAACAGACUACAAAUAAUUUGAUCUCAUACUGAGAAAACGAUGGAGUAAACCAUUUACGGGUACUUUUAUAGAGAAAUAACCAACAUAGGGUCCCAUAGCUACCAUAGGGCCUAAAAGCCAACAUAGGACCAAAUAGCCAACAUAGGGCCUAAUAGCCAACAUAAGGCCAUAGCCAGCACAGGGCUUAUAGCCAACAUAGGGCCUAAUAAUCAACAUACGGCCAUAGCCAGCAUAGGGCUUAUAGCCAAUAUAGGGCCUAAUAGCCAACAUAGGGCCUAAUUAGCCAACAUAGAUCAUAAUAGUCAACAUAGGGCCUAAUAGCCAUCUGUCUAAGUUACUAUACCAAAUACCUGUCUAAAAUACUAUAAAAAAACAUCUGUCUAAGUUACUACACCAAACACCUGUCUCAUCCAAUCAACAUCGAACUUUUUUCUUCUCUACCUAGCGUGCCGCAGGUCAGUCGAAGGCUCGGAGACGUCCACCUGCCCAUGUGAAACUGGAAAUUACUGCAAACUCAGUGUCGCCAAUCCUUUGACUGGUAAGCUAGUUUGCUUGUUUCUAAUGAAAUCUUAGCCGUUGCCUCCAGACAAAACAAGAGACAACCGAAAAUAUGUGAGAGGACGGUGUUACAAUAGUGUGAUGCUUCAAAGAAGAUCUCUACUUUGGUAGUUACGUUAGUUCUAUGCUAAACUGUGACAGGUUUAACUUCAAAGAAAAUCUCUACUUUGGUAGUUACGUUAGUUCUAUGCUAAACUGUGACAGGUUUAACUUCAAAGAAGAUCUCUACUUUGGUAGUUACGUUAGUUCUAUGCUAAACUCUGACAGGUUUAACUUCAAAGAAGAUCUCUACUUUGGUAGUUACGUUAGUUCUAUGCUAAACUCUGACAGGUUUAACUUCAAAGAAGAUCUCUACCUUACUAGUUACGUUAGCUCUAUGCUAAACUCUGACAGGUUUAACUUCAAAGAAGAUCUCUACUUUGGUAGUUACGUUAGUUCUAUGCUAAACUCUGACAGGUUUAACUUCAAAGAUUUAGUUUUAUGCACUUAACGAUUAACGUAUUUCGCUGUGCAUGCAUUCACGUUUCAACAGAGAUAUCUUGUUUGCCCUCCUCACAGGUGUCUGCACCAAGACAUAGUUCUUGUGAUGGACCAAGUGAAUCUUUGACGAUCAGACAGCUGACCAGCUAUCAAAAUAAAUAUGAGAAUCAAACAGCAG